AUGGCGGAGAGGACGGAGGAGGCAAGUGGAAAAAACCAGUGCGGAUGUGGAAAAACCGAAUGUACUCAUACUGCAAAAUAUGGCGUCUGCUGUGAUCGCACUUGCAAGGUAUACAAGGCAGGUUGUCCGCCCGGAUGUGAGGGCUGCAAAGUAAAAUGCAAGGCGAAAGGGAAAUGUCAAUGUUGUACUCCCCGCUGUGGUUGUGAGGCGGAUUGUUAUGAAAAGGGGGAUGGCACGUGCAAAGGAAUAGGCACGUGUACACGAUGCAAUGCAAGAUGUAAGCAAGAUAAUAAAUGUUUAUGUCAUUUCUGUAGCUGCGGAAUACACUGCAACGGUGUAAUUUGCAGCUGCUGUAGCUGGUGUGAUCCUGAGAAUUGUUCUGGAAAAGAGUGUAACGGCUUUGUAAUCGGCAGAUGCAAAGACAAAUAUCCAGAUACUACUGGAUGCCGAGGUCACGUCAAAUACGACAUAUACGACAAAGACGGCAAAUACGGUGCUUUAUACAAUCGCGAUGCUGAAAAUGUAAUCCCGUGCGAUAGAAAACCCCACCCAGGCAAGCCAUGUACUGGCAAAAACUGCAACUGGCUUAGUGGAGUACGAGACGUGAAUGGUAAUUGCGUCAUUAAAUGCACGUACUGCGGCAAACUAUGCGGACAAGAUAACUUUAGACGCUGCUGCACCAUAGCUAUUCCCUUGGUGAUCACUGUGUUAGCAUUCCUUAUUUUUAGGUUCAUGCUUCCCGAGAAGUUCCACGCGAUUAUGACUAAAAUACGUGCCACAUUUGCCAGCUCCCCUAGGCACUCCGCCAGAUCUUUCAGUAAUCUCGUAGGUGACAAAAUUCCCCAGGAGAUGAACACCGACCGCUACCCCGCCGUCCCUCCAAGGGCAUACGCUGGCUUGGCGUAG